AUGAAGAACCAAGAGUUUUCGGGUUCGUCAGAGCUGUCCGAUGGAUGCGAUGCGACAGAAACACCCACUGGCUCAGAAGCCCUCCAGACGCCCGAAGUUCACGAGGACGAGCCCGCGGAGCCUGACGAGCCAGAGAAACCCGAAGAAGCCCACCAGCAAGGCCAGCGAGACCAGCUCAACGAGUUCUCCGAGCCCUACGAACUCUACGAGCCCUACGAACCCUCUGAGUUCCAGGCUCCUCGUGCUCUCCGUGCUCCCCAGGAGCCCGAGGACCUCUAUGAACUCUGCGAGUUUUACGAGCCCUGUGAGCCCCGAAAGCCCCAAAAGUGCCAUGAACCUUAUGAAUCCUAUGAACCCUACGAGUACUACCAGCCCUACGAGCCCCAUGCACCCUGCGAGCCCCAGGAUCCCUCUGCGCCCCGUGAGUCCCAGGAGCCCUUUGCGCCCCGCAAGCCCCAGGAGCAUCAUGCGUCCCGGAAGCCCCGCAAGCCCAGCACAUCCCGGAAGUCCCAGGGGCCCCAGGCUCCCCGAGAGCCCUACAAGGCCCACGAAGCUGAGCUGCUUCCCAGGACCACCAUGAUGAUGGCCCCAUCUCUGGUGACCAAAUUCCAGCCACGGAUUCCCCUGUCUACCUUGAGCGGUAGGUCUCCUGUUCCCCGUGAGUUAGCAAGGAAAUGCUUUUUUUCUAGGAAGAGGAUGAAAGCUCUUUCUAAGCCUAAAAAACAAUGGAGAGCCCCAGAUAGAAAACUGCUUUGGGGAAAUCAAGACCCUAUUCGCCCUAUUUGCCGUACUGCUUUGAAGAAUCAGCUGACCAGAAGACUUGAGAACCUUGCCCAGCCCAAGGAAGUCUCCCACAGAUAUGUACCUAACAGGGCUCAAUAUUAUUACAGCUGCGGCAGAGAGUCCCUAAUCUGGGAUAUACCUACUCCUGUACUGUUAAUAAAACCUUCCAAAAGGAUCCGGAAGCUGGCACAGCCCAACAAAUUCAAGAACGUGUAUCUAAUAAAUAGGUCCUUCAGUGAUUCCUUAACAGAGUCUCUUGAAAUGUCUGGUCCUUCUCCCCGGAUAAUACGACUCUCAAUAGCCAAAGAAUUAGAUCCAGACUAUGUUCCUCCAAAAUCUAUUGAAACCAAGAUUCCAGUUUCUUCCCUGAAUGCUGUUGCAACUCAAAGAAUUAUAGACCUUGCUCACCCAAAGAUCAAAAUAGAGGGUCUGUGCUACCCAAGAGAAAGAUGUGAUAUGCCCAUUCGUCCUAUAUCCCAAGCUGCCUUGCUAGCCAAACCUAGCCCUCGAAUAAUAGCUCUAGCUAAGCCCAAACCUCUUCAUGAAGAUUAUUUACCCAACCGUGAUCCUUCCUGGCCAGUGUCUUAUGCUGCUUUGCAUUCCAAAGUAACUCCCAGAAUUAAAGAACUAGCUAAUCCAAGCGCAAGGACUCCUGUGCAUUUUGUGUACUACGAUCCAGAGGUCUUUAAAGUCAAGCCAGCUGCUUUGAAAGCACAGUGUCCUCCAAGGAUCCUGCAGUUGGCAGAACCUAUUACACAUUAA